AUGAUCGUGCCCCCAUCUAGCCUGUGCAGAACCGAAUAUUUAUUCGACUCCAAUCGGGAUCCCCUCGGCUACGAGUCGAUCGUCCCGUGGAAGCUGAGAGCGGACUUCACAGGCUUCCUCGAGCCUUCGAGCAAGGUUGAGUCAUCCCCAGUACGUUUCUCCACCCCCGGAUGGAUGCCCACCCCGGGAUGGAUGUUUAUCCCGGGAUGGAUGCCUCUCAGCCGAGAGCGGAUGCCACCCCUAGGAUAUGAGCCAUCCGGCUCAGGAUAUGAGCCUUCGAUCGGCCAGUCAGUUCAGCAGCAGCAGCAGACUCCGAAUCUUAAGACAACUGCAGGCAUUGAGAACUCUACGUUCACAAGGACCGGUAGGGUAGAGCUGCAUCGCUCGUCUACAGCAGAUCUCACCACCGAUAUCUCCUUCCGUACGGAGACCAAGACUGUUUACGAUCUGCGCCGCCACUGUCGGGGAUUCCAUCUGCACGACCACCAAUUCAAAUGCCGCGCUCUCGGAUGCGAACGGGCUGUUCGUGGCUUUCCAAGGAAGGACAAAAGGGAUACUCAUGAAAAGAAGAUGCACAUUGAUAUCGGAGAUGGCAUCCUGUUGUGA